GUUAAAGCAAACAUAACAAUCUCCAAAUUUCUUAUCGUAUUUGUUUGAAAACCCCUAUGUGUAUUUGGUUAAAACUUGUUUCUUAUCUUCAACUAAUUCCAUUAUACUGAGUAACAAAACAUAAAUAGGUACAUAUAUAGAUAUAGAUACAGAUACAGGUUUUUGUUAUUUUUUACAGAAACUAAACAAGUGGAGAUUGCUGCAUUUGCUUUUAUACCUCUCAACUGUUCGCUUGGAGUUCAUACGUUUUUUUAUAUUAUUAAAAUGGAGCUGUGUGCUAGCGCUAGGGCAAAAAACCCCAAUAAAUGGAAAAGAAAUUUAGAAAAAAUAAAAAGAUACUCAUCAAAACAAUCGCCCAAGAUAGUUUGUGACCACAAUAGCAAGGCUUACGAUUGCAAAUCAUUAAAUCAAGAGGACAUUCAGUACUUUCACAAUAUAUUUUAUGCGAAAAAAUCUAAGGCUUACCAAGAUGACUUUAUUCUAAAAUACUGUUCUACAUCGUCAAUACAGCGAAGAAGGCCCACAAAAUGUGAAAGGACUUCAAAAAUCUUUCAAACGAAAUGCUUUGUUCCCAAAAUUGAUAAUACACGUUUGGUGCCUGUUUGCCAAAAAAGUUUCCUUGCUGUACUCAGCAUUACAAGAUCUAGAUUAAACUAUGUUAUGAAAGAUUUCAUGAACAAGGAACGACACCGGUUGAAAAACGUGGUGGAGAUCAUUGCAGCCACAAAUAUGAGAUGAAAAAAUCAGCUGUAUCAAGCUUUUUGAGUUCUUUAAAAUGUGUUGAGUCAAAUGAAUUGAAUAAAAAUAAACUUUUUAAAAUAUAUAAUGAAAAUAGCCCGGAUGAAUUAAAAGUAAAGAAAACCUAUUUCCGUUCAAUAUUUAAUUCAAAAUUCAAUCUGGAAGUAAAACUUCCAAGAAAAAUUGUCUGCUCAACUUGCAGCGAUUUGUCAGACAAAAUUACAACAUGUAUGGACAAACAUUUAAAACCAACUUUCAUGGCACAAAAGCGGAUACACUCAUUGAAAUAUAAAGAAUUUUACAAAUUAUUAAAAGAUGAAAAUCCUGAAAUUUUGAUUCUCAGUUUUGACUGCCAGAAAAAACAAGUUCUACCAAAAGUUUAUGGCCAAGCUGAGUCUAACAGUACCCAGCUUUACUUUCAAAAUUUUACUAUUGUCCAAGGACCAUCUACAACAAAACUCAAACGCGAGACUGUCUUCAUUUAUGCCUGGACUGAAAAUCAGUUUUCUAAAAAUGCAAACCUAAUUGCAUCCGCUCUCCAUCAUCGUUUACAAAAUACCCGAUUUAAUGAUAACAUCAUCACAUUACGCCUAAUAGCAGACGACUCUGCAGGUCAAAAUAAAAAUGCCAUUAUAAUUGCAAUGUUAUUAAAGUGGUUUUCUCAAGCCCCUUCAUCACUGAAACAAAUUGAACUUAUAUUUCCCAUUGUCGGUCACUCUUUUUUACCAGCUCACCGAGUUUUUGCCAAUGCUGAGAAACGUAUAAAGAAAAUCGAAAACAUUUUAUUUCCCGAGGAAUAUGAAAAAGUUCUAACAGAAUUUGGUAGCGUUCUAAAAAUUAUAGAUGUGUGUAGUGUUGAAAAAUGGAAAGAUGUAAGCAAAGAAUUUCUACAGCCACCCAGAAGAUGGCAUUUUAAAUUCUCCACUACAAACAAAUUCUUUCUCAGAAAAACCCAUCAAGGAGAAGUUGUUAUAACAGGUGAAGAAAACUACAGAACUCAUGUUAAUCAAAACAAAUAUCGCAGUAUCUGUAAAAAAGAUUUUAAACUGGAAAAUAUACAACCAGAACUGAUCCAACCAUAUUCUGUAAAAAUUAAUUCUCUGAAAGUUAGAUACGUUAGUAAUUUGAUGGAAAAACUGUUUGGCCAGCACUGGCAGAAUUAUGAAAAUCUAAAAUUCUAUGCAGAUUUUGUUAAUAAUUAUCAACAACAGAUCGUUGUGGCAGAUGAUACUCACGAAGAAUACUGUUCUGAGCUAAGUGAAGAAGCUCCAUUAUAGAAAAUUGAAUUUUAAAAUUUAAACAAAAUUAUAUUGUUUACAAUUCCAAAUAAAUUUA